UAGUUGGAAUAUAACAUGGGACCCACGAAUCUAUACUUGACUUACACGCACGUAGGAACAGUAUCAAUCCAGUUCACACUCUAUACUUUAACUUUUUACUGUCCCGUUAAAUGUUUUAAUUGUUCUACUGCUGCUGUACUUCUCUCUCCUCUUCAUUUCUUCUGUUCGUGUGUGUUCCUAGACGCACCGAACCCUGUUUCACUUUCACUUUUCCUCUUCUGGAGCGAGUGUAGACCACGCGCCUCCACCCUCUCCCCUCUCCGAUCAGGUGAAAUGACAGGUACUUCAAAUGGAAGAGGAGGCAAAAAUCCCGUUUUUCCUAAAACUGAGGACUUUGAUUACGAGUUGUCACCUUAUACUGCUCUUUCAAGGGAUUUUCGGGAAACUGCUGCAAGUUCAUCCGGAAGCAAAGUACGAGGAUUCUUUAUUGGAAUGGGAUUCUUGCCUGGUCUUGUUGAUAAAGUUAUAGAAGAGAAUGGCGAAGAAAAUUCAGAUGCUUUACUGGAGAUUCUCUUGAGAUGUUCGACAAAUGGUGACUCAUCAGAUUCUCUGGAAGGCUCUCUUAAUACAAAUGAGCAUAGAAGCAUCCCAAAUUUCUUCCCCAAUGCUCAUUCAAAAGAGGCUCUUCAAAUAUCAAAUUUAGAGUCUUCUGAUUCUCUCGAUAGCUUAUUUGAUGAUAAGGAUUCUCCAGAAGUUUCCAUGAUCAAUCAACCAAAAGAGGAGGUUGAUGAAAUUUUUGAAGAUAUUGAAGAUUCAAGAGGUACCUUACUGAUGAUGAAUUUCUCCGCGGAGGAAGUUGAAUUUGCAAUCCGUAAACUUGGAAAUAAAGCGCCAGUUCCUGAGCUGGUAGACUUCAUUUUUGCUGCCCAGAUUGCUAAAAAAAUGAAAAAGGAGGAAGCAGAAGAAGAUGAUAUCAAAUGUUAUGUUCGAGAAAAGGAGAUUAGCAAUGAGCAACUCUUUGGAAUUAUGGCAAAAACGCUUCAGUUGUUUGAGAUGGGUUUCUCUGAGAAUGAAAUAUCCUCAGCAGUUGAUAAAUUAGGUCCAGAUGUUCCAAUUUCAGAGCUUGCAAAUUUCAUUUUUGCAGAACAAAAUGGGAUUGAGUAUGUGAUGGAAUAUAAGUAUCCCUCUGGUCCUUCUUAUUCUUGGAUCAAAGAAGAAGAACAAAGUGAUAUGUAUGGUACAGCAGAGGUCAAAGUUGAGGAUUUUAGCCAUGAACCUUCACAGUCAAGGCAGGUCAACUUAGGGGAAACUGGCACUGGCGAAAGGGUGAAGGAAGAAGAUUACAUUGAUGAGUUCCCCGAUGAUGUAAAACCAGGCUUUAUGGAAAAUGAUAGAAAUAAGAGGCCAAAGUAUGAAUAUGAUGAUAAUUCAAACUCUAGUCUUGAUCCUUAUUGGGUGGAAGAAAUGGUUGAUACAGUUGUUGCCACAAUGUCUAGACGUAACAAAUCAACUCCCUCCAGGUCUCUAAGUAGUGUUGCAGCAAAACCUCCAUUUUUCUUGUUUGGAAAUGUUUCAAACAUAACAUAUGACUCUUGGAAAAAAAUGAGUCAGUUUCUAUAUUGUAUUGAACCUGAAUUUGUGAACACCGAGUUAUUUUCGGCCUUGAACAGAAUAGAAGGUUAUAUACACAAUCUUCCAACAGAAAACAGGUUCCAAAUUCUUCCAAAGCCACCUAUGACUAUAGAGGAUGCAAUACCCCGGACAAAGAAAUGGUGGCCGCCUUGGGAUUCAAGAAAGAAGUUGAACUGUAAUUAUUGUGAAACUGGUGGAAUAACUCAACUCUGUGAUAGACUAGGAAGGGCUCUUGCCAACUCUGGGGGAAUACUCACAUCUCAACAGCAGAAAGACAUUCUUCGGUAUUGCCGUGGUUUGAAUCUUGUGUGGACCGGUAAAUAUAAACUUGGUCCAAUAGAACCAGAACACUUGGAUCAUAUCUUAGGCUACCCUUUGAAUCACACUCGUACUGAUGAAUGCGAUUUGACAGAAAGACUUCAAUUGCUAAAACACAGCUUCCAGACAGAUACAUUAGGAUAUCAUCUUUCUGUUUUGAAGCCCAUUUUUCCUACUGGAGUGACUCUGUUGUCAAUUUUUAGUGGAAUUGGUGGUGCAGAAGUUGCACUUCACCGCCUUGGUAUUAAAAUAAAAGCUCUCGUCUCGGUCGAGACUUCCGCAACGAAGAGGAAAAUUCUCGAGAAGUGGUGGCGCAGUUCUGGACAAUCCGGGACUUUGGUUCAGAUUGAAGAAAUUCAAAAGCUGACUAGUAAAAAGUUUGAGAAUCUAAUCAAUAAUUUUGGUGUUUUCGACUUGGUCAUUUAUCAGAAUCCAUGCUCUCAACCAAUUGUCAGACCUCAUCAAGUUGGAGGUCUCUCAGCAGUAGAAUUUUCAGCGUUUUGUGAAUCUGUUCGUAUUUUGCAACGGGUAAGAGCUCUGUGCGAAAGGAGGUGAGUAGUCUUGAAGUAAAUUAUGUUGGUCGUUGCUCUAGGUUGCAUGAUGCCAGGUUCUUCUUUUGAUGUUUUGUUCUUGACAAAAGCUGUUGCUGUAAAAUAUGUGACUUUUUCAGUGCAAGGAACUUGUAAGACAUCUCUUAAUUGUAUAACAUCUCUGUGCUACUCUAAUGUUAACUGUUGGUAGAUGAUUUCAGGUACUCUUAAAUGUGUUA